CUAUUCUGCCCCCUGGUGAAAAAGCAACCAAAAACUGCUGUAAUUACUACUGUAUUCAGUGCAACACCAACACGGCACUACACGAACAUGGCUUCUGGAAGGUCAUCGAUUUAUCAAGAUUUAUCAGAGAUUUAUGAUAAUGUUAUCAAUAAGGAGCAUCCGCGCAAGCUUAUUCCGGAGCUGUGUAAACAGUUUUACAAUCUUGGAUGGGUGACAGGAACUGGUGGCGGUAUAAGUAUAAAACUGGAUGAUGAAAUCUACAUCGCCCCGUCGGGUGUGCAAAAAGAACGAAUUCAACCAGAUGAUCUCUUCAUCCAGAACAUCGAGGGAGAUGAUUUGCAGACACCACCAGAUUAUAAAAAGCUAACCAAAAGCCAAUGCACACCGCUUUUCAUGCUGGCUUAUAAGGAUCGCAAUGCUGGCGCUGUUAUCCAUACCCACAGUCCAGCGGCGGUGAUGGCAACGCUGCUCUGGCCGGGAAAGGAGUUCCGCUGUACUCACUUAGAGAUGAUAAAGGGCAUUUACGACUACGAACUGAACCGUAACUUGAUGUACGACGAGGAACUGGUGGUACCGAUUAUAGAGAACACACUGUUUGAAAAAGACCUGGAAGAAUCGAUGGCUAAGGCGUUACGAGACUAUCCUGGAACAUCGGCCAUUCUUGUGCGCCGCCAUGGUGUGUACGUUUGGGGGCACAACUGGCAGAAGGCAAAGACGAUGGCUGAAUGCUACGAUUACCUUUUCUCAUUAUCGGUGGAAAUGCACAAGGUUGGACUAGAUUCGGAUGCUGUACCGAAACGACACUAAAUAGGGAAUAGCUCUGUUAUACACGUAAACACGUUAUUGAAUCUAUGUGGAAAACAAGUAGCGUCACCAAAACAAUCAUAGUUGUUAUCAUGGGAUUGUCCGUGAAAUUGUACGAUGCAUUUGUACCGUUGAAUCCUAGUAAAAGGAUACACAAUCAUUCACCUCCAACAUCACUUAUCACGCAUAGGAAUAGGAAUGCGUCGACGUUCCUUUUUAAGCAAUUUGAAUAAAUAAUGAUUAGGAGUUUUGUAUGGAAUAGUUGCACUGUCUUUGGAUUUUGAUUGUA